UCUUUACGCGUCAACGUACCCUGAAUUUCAAGUAACACUCGUUUUAUUUUAUCUCAUGCCAGUGUGUUUAUUGCUCGUGUUGCGUGCAUAUUACACGUGCAAAUAAUUAGCAGACAAUGUUAGGGUCGACCCAUCAUUUUACAGUGAAUUUAAAAUCUUUGACUUUCAUAUCGCCGAAUAAGCAUAACGGUUUCAUAUAUUUUUUACUUAUUUAGUUCUUACAUUGUUUUCCCUAAAUACUUCAUAAUUAAAUUAAAGGAUAUUCGGUCACAGUAAUAACUAACUAAAAGAGGCCAUACAUAGAACGAGAGCGUGACAGUUUUGAUGGAAACAUUAUAUUCGUUCUAAUUGCUCAGUGAGUUGUAACUCGUGUAAAAUUAAAUCGGAACAAAGAUUUCUCAAAGGGUUAACAUGUUAAAUAAAAUAAUUCCAAUUGGAAAUAUUAAAAUAUAUUUUCUUUUAUUACUUUUUAUAUAUUCGAACCUUCAAAUUAUUGCUUUAUUUUUAAAGAGGCGUGGAUUGCAGAUAACGAUGAAUAGAUAACGGAGCUAAGGAAAUAGAAUGUGCUGUUUAGUCGCGUCACUCGACAUUUUUUGCACUUUUUGCGCGUCUGCAUUAUCGAACGGACUUUAAUAUGGAAUGAAUGUGUACAUUGGCGGCGUUUAUGUGCAAACAAUUACGCACAUAUACUCGUGUUGAAUUAAAAUUAAUUUUAAUUUAAAAUUGUCGUGAGAAUUAUGUGAAUUUAAAAAUAAAUGCACGUAAAUAAAACAAAUAAAAAUGAAAGAUCCACCUCGAUGUGAAGAUGUGGCAGACAAGAUUGUGAGACUAUUCGGAUGGAGACAGACUUAUCCAGUUCAAAAACUUCAGAAGAAUUUAAUUCCUAAACCCAAUGAAGCGGGGCCGGAGACAUGGGUAGGCGUGCGAGCACUUCGUGCAAGUUCAGGUGGUAUUCUGGAUCUGGACGAUCGCGUGAGAGACGUGGCCGACGAUCGAGAGACGCUCACCGCAGAAUGCGCUAACCAGUCGCAGCCUAGGGCUGCCCAAGCAGAUGGCGCGAGCGGCUCCUCGGCUGGUACCGCCUCGCCGGAUAUGUUUCGGGGCGGUGGUGGCGUGGGGGGCAGUAUGCGAGUUCCAAAUACAGAUUCGUGUGUAGAAGUUGGCGUAGCCGACUUGGAAGACGGUGCUAACGGUUUACAAGUUCGUCGCGGAAGUGAGCCCUCACUGCAUCAAGACACAUUGCCUCCGCAAAGACAGGUUUCAGAUCAAAGUAAACGAUGGUCAGCGGCGGUAGUGUGUCGGGACGACACGAGCCGUGUGAUGCACAAAGUGCACCCCCUGGACGGCCGGCCGCCCGACCCGCCCCCCGGCCACGGACAGCACUUCCAGCGACAAUCCAACCGUCUCUCUAUGCAGUUCUCUGGCCCUGGGAGUGGUGUUUGGUUGGAUGCGGCUGAACGAGUCCAGGUUUAUGAAAGUAAAAGCCUUCCCCGAGAUGCUCGAAAAGAACCACUAGGACAAGAUACACCUCCCAGUAACAAUCAGAACCAUAGAGUUGAAGAUAUGUUGAGAUGGGUGUCUGGAGUCAAUAAUGUGGCGAAUGUACACCCUGUUCAAGAACGACCUCUUGAUCUUCUACCAGAAGGUAACAGCGAAAGGGCCAUAUCGGGCAUGGAAGUGCCAGUCAGUCCGAGUAGCAAGCCAGUAUCGAAAGCUAUGCAGACCGUCACUGUCACCCUGAUCAAGGGCGAAAAGGGCCUAGGGUUCACCAUCACCACCAGAGACAAUCCUACAGGAGGGCAUUGCCCUAUUUAUAUUAAGAAUAUUUUACCAAAGGGCGCGGCGGUGUCGGACGGGCGGCUGCGCGCGGGCGACCGGCUGGUGUCGGUGAACCAGGUGGCGGUGUCGGGGCGCACGCAGCAGCAGGUGGUGGCGCUGCUGCGCGCCACGCCGCCCGACGCCGCCGUCGAGCUGGUGGUGGAGCGGCCGCGCGCGCAGAGGGUGGAACCUCAACAAAGUCCAACCAAGUACACAGAAAAACCUAUAGGGCCUGCGCCGAGUACACAAUCGAAGCCAAUUGAAGCCAAACCUGAAAACGGUCGCGUUUCGAGCAUGGUGAACGCAAUAAACCAUGGCAACAAUAACUCGGUGAGGGGAAGGAUACCAAAGAGCUCGUCGAAGGACGAUCUGUUGAAGGACCAUUCGAUAGACAGUGCUUUACAAGAGGCUUUGAAUUCUUCCUCAAAUUCUUUACUAGGCCUGCGUAACCGCCUAAUCCUAAGGCUAGAUGUGCCAGUCCACGAUUCUGAAAAAGCUGGACUCGGUAUCAGCGUAAAGGGAAAAGUGACAGUUGGGCCAGACCCUCACGACUUGGGUAUCUUCAUUAAAUCUGUACUUCACGGGGGUGCCGCGUCCAGAGAUGGAAGAUUACACACAAAUGACCAACUUCUUAGUGUGAACGGCGUUUCGUUGGUCGGUCAGUCUAACGCAGAGGCGAUGGAGACUCUUCGGCGGGCGCUGUUACAUUCAAGGCCUAACGUGCAUGGUAGCAUAUCUCUCACUAUAGCCAGGAGGACGGACAGUAUGGAUAGCUUAGCGAGGUGGAAGGAUGAUACGCCACCGAACGGCAACGACACCACGAAUUCAAACGAAAACAGUAACUCUCAAAACUUCAACACGGUUAUAUAUAACACGUCGCACGAUAAAGAGAAUAAACCGUUAGAUUAUAGUCAGAAAGUCGAAACUAGUAAAGAAGGGACCGACCACCACGACGGCAGAAGCAGCAAGAAACACGCCUCAAUCAUCACCAUUAAUAAUAAUACUAGCUGGGUGUCGAAUCAGUCGGACGACAGCAAAGGUUACUUAGAAAGGGACAAGGAUACGAUUCCCCAUGAUAACAAAAGAGACAGCUUCGAGUGGAGUCGCUUAGAUGGAUGGAACCCCGUCAUAGAUCGGCUGACGGGCCUCCGCAACGAGAGCUACUACAUGGCGACGCAGGUGGACGCCCCGGUCGCGAAUGGCCACCACUACCGGCAGAAUCUGGGACACGUUCACAUGUCGAGGUCUCCCCCCGCUCACCACAACGUCAUCAUCGAAGAGGAUUACGGUACGACGAGGGGCAGCACGGCGGGCGAGUCGGGCAGCGAGAGCGGCGGCGCCUUCAGCCGCGACGCCGUGGGGCGGCGCUCCAUGUCGGAGAAGCGCCACGCCGCGCUCGACGCGCGCGCCACCGGCACCUACCGCAAGAUCAAGGAGAACAAGGCCAUACACGCCAUGCAAGUAGGUCCGUCGCUUGGAAUGCGAAAAUCGUCAAGUCUGGAAUCCCUUCAGACAGCGAUACAGGAAACUCAAAGAAAUCCGAUCCGCAACGAACCAAUCUACGCUCGAGCACACCCACCACUAAAACAUUGGCUGACAGACGACAAUGCAGCCCCCGAAACUAUAGUACGAGGGUCACCGCAACAAUCUUCGCUAUCCCACAAAAAACCUUCACUUCUUAAAUCCUUAUCCACAAUGUUCCGAAUCGGCAAGCCACACAAAAAGCCUGAAGCUGAUUUAUACGGUAGAGCUCAGCCGGGACGGUCAUCGGAGAAAUCGCUGUCGCGGGAAGCUCUGGAGAGGCACAGAAAAGAGGAGCGGUCCAACGAAGCAGAGCCAGUUCCACCAGCUAGAGAGGAGCGCAGCUCGCGCGGCGGCUCGGAGCGACGCACGGCGCCCGCGCACGGACACACGAUGGAAAACGCCUGGGGCCCGACUGGACACUACGUGAAUUACGAAGAGAUACAACAAAACUUGAACUUGCGGCGCGAGAAGCUGCGCGAGGUGCAGAUCGGGCAGGUGCGCCGCACCGCGCACGCGCCGCCCGACAGUCGGCGAACUGGAGCGGGCGGCUAUCACUCCCAGCGCUCCUGCAAAGAGAGCGGUAUCCGACCGCAGUCCAACUACUACGAGUACGAAAGCGCUCCUCCGAGAAGACCUGGGAAGCUGUCGCACUACCACUGAGCAUUGGCCUCGUGGGCUAAUAGCAGUGGAUAUUAUCUUACGAGAGUCGUUAGUCUGUACACACACAUAUGGCGAACAUUCGCUUUGGAAAUCUCCAGAUAUUGGAAUAUGUUUGUCAGGUGAUUUCGUAUAAUAGAACUUAAUCGUGGUAUACAACUAUUGAAAUAUUUCCGACUGUUAACACCACAGUCGAACUCGUUUUGUACAUACCGACUAGGCUAUGAAGUACAUUAUAAGUUUUGUAAAUUUAGAAGCGCUAUGGACCACCAAUUUAUCCCUUUACAUGCUCGAUAGGUACAAAUGAAUGAUAUCAUUUAAUAGAAACGACUUAGGAAUUGAAUAGGAAUUAUCAAAUUUGAAAUAUUAAGUUAUAAAAAUUAGGGCACAGUAUACGGAACCUGGUGUACGGUCGUUAAAUUAAUUGUCUGCAUAGAGUUUUAACCGUAUAAUCAGAGACAAUUGCACGGCCGGUUUUAAUAGACAUUUGUACUAUUGUAAUCCAAAAUCAUAUUUAGUACAUAAAUAAAUAUAAGAUCUUUUUUAUUACACAUUUUAUAUAAAUUGUCGAUGGACAAUUAAUUUAUUCUGUAGAUUGCUAAACUAGUAUUGACUAGUGACUUGGAAAACUAAAGUAUUGGUUGAACUGUUAUGUAACUGUAACUUAUUGUUCAUGAAGUGCUUAAGUCAGAUUUGGUUAAUAAACGUUUACUUGGUGCCAUUUUAUUGAUGGUAGCUAGUUUAUUUUUCUAACGUAAGUUUUUUUUUAAUGUUUUUACGUGCAAAUCGUUUGACGUCAUUAAAUGUCAAGAGGAAAAUGAGUAAAUAAAUAACACGAAACUACUAGUUCUUAGUAUUGACGAUUAGAACUGUUUUUGGAAUUUCAAAAAAAAAAUAUUAACAUUCAAUUUUUUUUAUAAAUAUACAACAUAGGUCAUUUUUGUAGA